CAUCCUCAGAAGCAGCAGUUUGUUGCCAAACCAGCGUUUCACGGCUCGAGUACGUCACAGCUUCCUGUGUGGUGUUCAUUUUGUCAGUUCGAUCAGGAGGAGAGCAGACUGAGAGACACUUCUGGAAGCUCAAUAAAAAACAGCUCUAUCUAGAUCCAGUAAUCCAAAAUGUCAAACCCAGUGGUCACCAAUCAACCAGGUGCAGGAGGCUAUGGAACAAAUGUGCAAACAGGAGAGUGGAGCACGGGUCUGUGCUCCUGCUGCAGUGACAUUUUAGUCUGUGCUAUUGGUUGCAUCUGUCCAGUUGUAUUGGGCUGCUACACAGCAAACAAGUAUGGAGAAAGCUGCUGCUUGGGCUGUUUGCCAGGAGGCUUAACUGCCAUGAGGACUCAUAUGAGACUGACCUAUGGUAUCCAGGGAACAAUACUCAAUGAUGCCCUGAUGACCUUUUGCUGCGGACUUUGUGAGACAUGCAGGAUGGCAAGAGAAAUUCGCAUCAGGAGUGGAGAAAUGUCACUGUAACAAGACUUCUGACUAACUAUAUACAGUGAUCAGUGCAUUAAUGAUUCAUUUUACUCCUGUCAAAAGCAUGUCUUCCAAGCAGACAACAAAAAUAUGCAUUGAAGAAAUCAUGCAUCUUAAGUAAUUGUUGGUAAAGCUUUAUGUUUGUAUCUGUGUCAAAAAAUGCUCAUACUGAUCUGCAAUAUUGUAAAUAAAUUACACUGUUCAACCAAUAACUUUGAAUCAAGAACCACUGUGUACAAUAUUUUCAAUAAAUAUAUAUUCACAUA